GUUUGCAAUCGCCAGGCUCACGUAGGAGGCUCGGACCGAGACGACCCGGCGCCGGGUAUAAAAGCAGCCCCGACGAUUAUACUCAUGGCAAAGAGCUCCAGUACUGUCAAGUGCUGCAACAGCGGGGUUAGGCCAAACGGAGGCACAAAAGGACUAGCGUAGAUGCGGUGAACGUCGGGUCCAACCUCGAGCUCUGAAUGCCCUGUUCUUGGUUUCAUGCAAAUCGUUUGCACAGUUUGUUUGUAGCAGGCUCGGCAGAAAUGGCCCGAAGCGCGAGGGGCUGCUUGCAGGCUGCUGCGAUGAACCUUGUACCAUGCUUCUUGAUCGUGCUUUUGAGUCAGCUCGUGAUCCCAGCCAGCGGGCAGAGGGCGCGCGUCGCAGCCGAUAUUCAAACAAUGCUGAAAGUUCGAGACGAGCUUUUCGGAAUUCCCGAGAACAAGAUGAUUCUGGCCGAUUGGAGCACAGAGCCGGACCCGUGUAACUGGACUAGAGUAGAGUGUGAAGGCGUGGGCGCGUCCGCCACCGUGAGGAGGAUCGAUCUAAAUCAGAGGAAUUUGGCCGGCCCCGUUCCUCCGAGCUUCGGGCUCCUCCUCAAUCUGACCCACAUCAGCGCGGACGACAAUCGGUUCGAUAGCAUCCCCGCGAAUUUUUUCAAAGCGAAACAGCUGAGAUUCAUCUCCUUCCGCAAUAACCUCAUCUCCGGCAGCGUGCUCGAGAGCCUGAGCGCGUUCCAGUCCCUGCGCGUGCUGCUCUUGGGCCAGAACCUGCUCUCCGGGCGCAUCGACUCGCUCUCGCGCCUCAACAAGUCCGUCGUCCAGGCCAUCGACCUGGCGGGCAACGGCAUGCAGGGCAAUCUGAGCACGCUCGCCGGCUUCACGAAGCUCACCGUCCUGCGCCUCGGGCAGAACCGGCUGACGGGCGAGCUGGCGACCAUUCGCGACAUGCCCGCGCUGUACGACCUGUCGCUGGAGGACAACUCGUUCAGCGGCAGCGUCCCUCUCAGCACCCUGUCCGGCAUGGUCUCCGUCAACCUGUCGCGGAACGCGCUGCAGGGACCGUUCACAUUGGACGACAUUUUUGUACCGGGAACCAUCGCCUCGCUCGAUCUGUCCGACAACAGGUUCUCGCAGGUGGCUCCCCAAUUUUCCGGCUCGAGGAAUUCGUCCGCGCAGUCCACCGUCGACUUCUUCUGGGCCCGGGGCGUGGACAAAAUUCUGCUCGGCGGCAACGGGCUCUCGGGCUCCGUCGUCUCCUUCCCGGAGUCGGCGGCGACCUUGAACCUGUCGCACAACUCGCUGGGCGGCGACUUGCCGCAGACGGGCAAGGCCACCUUCUUCGCCGGCGUGGAGACGCUCCUUCUGAACAACAACAGCUUCACUGGCCCCAUCCCGGCGGGGUUCUGGACCAUGGCUAACGCCGUGACCAUGGACCUGAGCCGGAACCAGCUGAACGGGACUCUGCCGGCGGGGCCCCUCUUCAUGCCCAAUUUGCAGACCCUCAACCUGUCGUGGAAUCUGCUGUCCGGCGGCAUUCCUGCGGCCAUCUCCAAUCUGACCAGGAACUUCCGGCUGCGCACCGUCGACCUCUCGUUCAACAACUUGAGCGGCCCUCUGCCGCCGGGCCUCCCGCAGGGCGACAACUACUCCUACUCCUUCAUCGGCAACCCGGGCCUGUGCAGCGACGACGACUCAUUCCGGCGAGCCAACUUGCUCGGGCGAUGCUCCAAGCCCUCCAAAGCGGUCCAAGCGCUAUGGGCAGGAGUGGGGAGCAUGCUGGUGCUGGUGCUGGCGAUUGUCGGCGUGCUGCUGGUGCUGUGGCGCAAGCAGAUGGUGAAGGACAACCGGAUGGACGCGGAUCUGGUGAAGGCGGUGAACCACGGGCUGAUCAGCACGAGGCUGAUCCCGCUGCGCCAGCUGAAGACGGCGACGUCGAACUUCGCUGAGGAUGCGAAGAUCGGCGAGGGGGGCUUCGGGUCCGUGUACAAGGGGUUCCUGGAGGGCAAGGAGGUGGCCAUCAAGAAGAGCUCGAACGCCAUCCUGCAGCUGGUGGCCAGCAAGCAGAUGUUCAUGAACGAGGUGCAGAUCAUGUCCAGCGUCAACCACCGAUACCUGGUGAGCCUGCUGGGCUGCUGCAUGACCAACAAGAGCGCGCUGCUGGUGUUCGAGUACGUCCCGCAGGGCACGCUGGCCGAGCACCUCUACUGCCGCCGGGGCCAGGGCCUAGACUGGAACCAGCGCCUGAAGAUCGCGCGCCAGACGGCCGAGGCUUUGAGCUACCUGCACUUCACCGCCAACCCGCCCAUCUUCCACCGCGACGUCAAGUCGGCCAACAUCCUGCUGGACGACCAGCUGAACGCCAAGGUCGCGGACUUCGGCAUCUCCAAGCUCGCGCCCAACCUCGACGCCACGACGCACUACUCGUCGCUGGCCGUGCAGGGCACGCCGGGCUACAUCGACCCGGAGUACUACGUCUCGUACCAGAUGACCGGCAAGAGCGACGUGUACAGCUUCGGCGUGGUGCUGCUGGAGCUCAUCACGUCGCGCGCGCCGCUCGACUACCGUCGCGGCGAGCGCGACAGCACGCUGGUCAAGAUGGCCACGCACCUGGUGCGCACGGACGCGCUGCACCUGCUGGUGGAUCCCAUGCUCAUGAUCGUCUUCGACGACGAGGAGGAGGUGAAGAAGUCGAUUCUGAGCGUGGCGGAGUUGGCCCUCCGCUGCGUCGAUCGCAGCCCCGACGACCGCCCCGACAUGCAGCAGGUGGCCGUCGAGAUCGAGGCGCUGAGCUCCGUGCACUACAACGUUUCCAAAGCCGACGACGACGACAUGGACGUAAUUCCCAUAGCGAACCCCGUCGCGCGCCGCCCGCAGGCCUCGUACACCAGCUCCACCACCGGCCCCGGGAGCCGGGAGUUCCAGUCGCCUUUCGAGAGGUGAUCGGUCGCUUUGUACAUACAUUUGUUCGCUCAGGUCUAGGUUUGAUUUACGUUUCGUAGUUGAUUCAUCGAUGCAGAGAUUUAGUCUAUAUGAAGUGUAAAUUUAGGCACGCACGAGUGUGCGACUCGCUUGUUGCGCACCGCAGAGUUCCGUUUGCUGAAGUGUACCAUUCUUAGAACCCGACUCGCAACUACCAACUUAAUCAACCAGAUUGUGCAACUCCUGCUGUGUGCUGCCCCGCGGUACCGGUGGCAAGGUCGCUGUCUGUUUCGAAGCAGUAGAACCAGACCAUUCAUUCCUCAUUCAUUUUGUGUACAUAGAAAAAACUUCGUGAUUCGCAAUAAAGCUGACGAUCACUUGACUGACCGGAAGGCUGACAGGCCGUGAAUUGA